CGUUUGACGUUUUACGGAGCUGUCAAGUAAUUUGUUUCUCUCUUCUAAUCCAUCGCGUCUAUUGUUUACAUUGUGAACAUCUUAUCAAAUCUCUCUCUCUCAUUUUUUUUAUUAGCUUAAAAUUAGAGAUCGACUGUUUUUGUAAAAUAAUCGCAAAUUUCAAAAUGAAUACAGUAUUUCUAGAACGAAUAUGUCGGUGUUGCUUGAAUGAAAGUGAAUCUAUGUCAAGUUUGUUUGAUCGUGUCGGAGGUAUAGAAUCAUUCACAUUUGAACAGCACUUUACCUAUUCCGAUUUAAUUUUUAUGUGUACGAAUGUGCGUUGUGAUUUGGAUGUAAUCGAUGCUAAUGAGCACGUCGUUGAACUGCCGCGGAAUGUGUGCGAGUUGUGUUUGCAAGAAUUACGUGCCGCUUUCAUAUUCCGACAGAAAUGUGAGUCGAAUGACCAUUUACUUCGUGAACAAACGGUUGGACUCAGCAGUCAUAGCACCGAAGAAAUUGUUGAGUUUGAUCAAACGACCGACGACAGAAAGAUUAGCAAAACAAUAACAAUAGAAAAAAUUGACCGAAUUUUACCAAACGAGUGUGUUUUCUAUGACAAUGAAAAGCAAAUAUUGGUCGCCGUCAAUGAACCAAAUUCGAAUAGAUCAAACGAAAUUGAACUUGAAAUAGUUUCGGUGAAUUGCGACACCAUAGAAAACUUACCAUUUGUACCGGAACAGCAAACUACCGAUGCAAUUUCGACCUUUAACAAUAAAUCGUGUAAAAUAUGCAAGGAAGACUUUCAUUCCGCAUCAGAUCUUCGAGCUCACAUUCGACAGCAGCAUUCAACUAAAAAUUACAAGUGCUCAGUGUGUCCCGAAGAAUUUCACACGGAGAAAGGGCUUUUGGCCCAUAGCAGUUCUCACGAAGAACUUAAUAAAAAUUUUCUCUGUUCAAUAUGUGACAAAACAUUCACAACGAAAGCACGACUGGAAGUACACGCAGCAACGCACGCGGGUGAAAAGAACCAUGCAUGUGACGAAUGUGACAAAAAAUUCUCGUCGGAAUCGCGACUUCGAUGCCAUCGGCGUACUCACACUGGAGAAAAGCCGUAUCGAUGCGAUCAGUGUGAUUUGACCUUCGCUCAAGGCAAUGCAUUGAGAUGUCAUAAGCGAAUACAUACUGGGGAAAAGCCAUACGAAUGCCAAUUUUGUAACAAACGUUUCACACAAAAUACGAUACUUAAAACACAUAUGACACUGCACACAGGAAAAAAAAUCAAAUGUGAUUUUCCAGAUUGUGAUAAAAUGUUCAGCCGAGCAUCGAAUUUGAUUCUGCAUCGACGUGAGCACACGGGUGAAAAACCAUAUUGUUGCACGCAAUGUCCCAAUCGAUACAAGCAAAAGAGUCAUUUGGAUCGGCACAUGGACACGCAUUUGGGUGUCAAACAUACGUGUCCAAUUUGUAAGAAAGACUACUCGAAGCGAUGGUCGUUGAAAGUGCACAUGUUUACGCAUUCAAAAAUUAAACCACAUCGAUGCUCACUAUGUAUUGCCGAAUUUACACGUCGCGAUAAAUUUAGAAAUCAUUUAAAAUCCAUCCAUGGCCUGAUUCCGCCUGAUAAUCCAAACAAUUCCACUCUUACGCUAGAUAAUACAAACGAAGACACGUCUUGAAUAAAAAGAAGAAAAAUUCACGAAAAUUAUAAAUUUAUUUUGCUUUUGCUAUAUCCAGUUAAAAUCUGGCUGUUUAGAAAAGCGACUUUAUUUCACACUGAAAUUGUUUUAAUGCUCAUUUUGUUUUAUUAACUAUUGGCUUAACACGUUUUUCUUUUUUGCAUCUCUUUUGUGGUUUUUUCCUGCAUAAUUGUAAAUAUCUCUCUCGAACGACUUUUUUUUCUUCCUCUAUCUUAUGUUCUACAUAAAAUGGUAAUAAAUAAACUAGUUCCUUUAAAUGACUUCAACUGAA